CAGGACAUCAUCUUUCUGUGACACAUAUUUUUAAAUGUGCAUUUGAACUUCCUUUGACAAGCAUUCAAAAGAGUCCACAGAGUUGGAGGAGAGACUCUGCCUAACCUGCAAAGCCUUGAAGUAAAGGAUGAGACCCAGGUGCUCCUGAAACCACAAUCAGUUUUUAGGAAAAAGUCUCUGUGUCCAGCAUGUCUACUGAAGUGAUUGUGGCCCCCCUGUACCAGGGCUCUGAGAUAAACACCAACAACAGGCUGAGGCUGGCCAUGGGCCCAGCUUCCAAAAAGGCCUUGUUAUCAUGCACGGCCACCAACCAGAUGGACCCUGCUCGGACCAAACUCACCACCAUCGAGACCAAGCGGAUCAUCUCCGUCCUGGAUGAAACCAUCCGAAAGAUAGAGCUGGUAACCCUGCUCUCGGCCGCUGCUUACAACCCAGAGAGUUUGGAGGGGCUGUUGGAGGAUGACAUCAUCAAAGCCGUCCGAGACCACGAGGAUUUCUGCAACACCCUCCUGGAGCUGGAUAACCUGGUGAAAGAAGAGGAGGACGAGCUGGCAGAAUCGGGGGACUACCGCCUGCAGUUCCUUGUUGACGAGCACAAGCACAGCCUCAUGCUCCUCAAAGAGGAGGUGAAAGGCUCUGCUCGAAACACCCUGAGAAUCUUCCUGCUCAACCUCCAGGCUGGGGAAAUCCUUCGCACCCAGGUUGUGGGGAGAAGCGAAGAGGCCAACAUUUUUCUCCAAGCUUUGAUUGAAUUCAGGGGCUUUGUAUUUGAGAAGCUACUCACCAGCCCCAUGGAAGAGAAGGAAAAGAACCAGUUCAUGGAAGAAAUCAGUCUCCAGGAGAAGAAGGACAGUGAUAUGAUCCACGAUCUUGAAGCAGAGCUGUCAUCUACCAUGAAAUCCAGGGAUUCCGAGAUGGAGAAGGAGAACUUUGUGAUCCAGGAACUGAAAAGCCACCUGCACCAGGUGCUCAAAUUCUCGGAGAAUCACCUGCUGCGCACCAAGCAGGAGGCAGAGAAGCAGCAGAAGGCUGAGCUGCGGGCCUCCCAGGCCCGCAUCACCAAGAUCCAGCAGGACAUCCUCAAGCUCAGGAACCAGUACCACAGCAUCAUCGAGGAGAACCGGGACAGCGAACAGGCACUCAGAAAGAAAAAAUAUAAACUAGAGACAGAAAUAGAGAACUGGAUCCAGAAAUAUGAUACUGAGAUGGGAGAAAAGCAGACUGAAUAUGAAGAGCUAGAUGAGAUCCACACUGAGGAGAAGGCUCAGCUGGCCGAGCUGAAGGAAAAACACGCAGUCUUGGUCCAGGAGUUUGUGCAGAUCCGCGAGGAGAGACUCAUCACCUCCAAGAAGAAGCUGGAGGCUGAGAAGGAGCUGGCACUCAUGGUGCGGGCGGCCACGCUCAUCCAGGCUUUCUGGAAGGGCUACUUGGUCAGGUCAAUGCUGAAGUCCAAGCGCAAGAAGAAGAAGGGCAGGGGUCGGGGGAAGAAAUGAGCAGCUGCCCCAGGGGGCCCUCCUCCUCCCUAGCCCAUCCCACUGUCCCACCCACAACUGGCACCAAGUGGCUUUGACCAGAUUUACACAGAGGUCAAGGCCCACAAAUGCUUCUUCCUGCCCCAGACCAAGCUUUGGGUGUGUGUGUAUGUGUGCACGUGUCCCCUGAUGGUGAGGAACAUGCACUCUGUUCACCAGUAACCACCCGCAGCCUGUGGACACCAAGCAUGGCAUCCACUUUCAGGCCUUCCCUGUUUCUGUACUGACACCAAUAAAGUCCCUUCUCCUUGACCCCU